AUGAAACUAAGUCGAUAUUUGCAUUUCAUAAUAACCUGUGGCUUUGUGAAAGAAGCAAUUGGCGACUCGACGUUGGAAAACGAAGACCUAACUGUUGAUGAAAAUUGUGGUGUCAGUGGACAUUGUCAACCAAAGAUCUCCAGUAAUAUAUUUCAAACAAUAGAGGAAACUGAUACCAAUGCUGCAAUAGCAGACAGAUCCAUUCUGGUGCUGCCGUUUUCAUCACAGACUCAUCUACGCUCAAAGCAUACAAGCAGCAUUGAUUCACAUACUAAUAGCAUUAGUACGUACCAGGGUCAAAAUUCUAGCUCCACUUCUCUUGAGGUGCUUAAUGUCACAAACUCAAUAGGAGAUGUAGCCGUUUCCAAGAGUCCCAAUGCAACUCUUGAGGAAGAUUGUCAUUUCUUGUCCUUUGAGGAAUGGAAAAAACAAGUGAAAGUUGAAGCCAGCCAGAAACAGAAACUUGAUAAUGUUACAAUAUCAAAAAACGACUCAACUAAAAACCAAGGCUUAAUUAGCAAGAAAAAAGGCAUUGUAAUUAAAGAGAAAGAUGAGAAUAUCAAAGAAAAUGAAGAUCAUGGUAAAAUAUACAAGGAUAAAUUCAAUUUUGCAUCGGUCGAUUGUGCAGCUACCAUAGUCAAGACAAACUCUGAUGCCAAAGGCGCAUCUGCUAUUUUAUUCGAGAACAAGGAUUCUUACUUGCUAAACGAAUGUGCGUCUCCCAACAAAUUUGUUGUCAUUGAGCUAUGUCAGGAUAUUUUGGUAGACACGAUUGUAAUUGGAAACUUUGAAUUCUUCAGUUCAAUGUUUGAGCGACUUAGAUUCUCAGUAAGUGACAGAUUUCCCACGAAUAGCUGGAAUGUUUUAGGGGAAUUCAAAGCUCAAAAUGUAAGGGAUGUGCAGACUUUUAAGAUUGAAAAUCCGCUCAUAUGGGCCAGAUACUUGAAAUUAGAAAUAUUAAGUCACUAUGGAAAUGAAUUCUAUUGCCCGAUUUCAAUUGUUCGGGUGCAUGGUAAAACAAUGAUGCAAGAGUUUAAAGAAGGAGAAGAAUCCACUUCUACCCUUGAUGACCAGCCAGAGGAGCUACUGUUAGACUCUUCUUUACCGGAGAUUACCAACAACAACUUCUCCAACAAAUUAAUGGAUGAAUGCAGGGUGAUCAUGCCUCAUUUAGAGCUCUCAGAAUUUCUAAAGGAUAUCAACUCCACUUCUUACGAUUACUGUGAUGCUAAUAUCACAGAGCCGGAGAUUACCCAGAUUCCUGAAACGAAAACUAUCCAAGAAUCAAUUUAUAAGAAUAUCAUGAAAAGAUUGUCGUUGUUAGAGUCUAAUGCAAGUUUAUCAUUGCUCUACAUCGAAGAACAAAGCAAAUUAUUAUCAACCGCAUUCACAAAUUUAGAAAGGCGCCAAACAAAAAGUUUUGAUUCCUUACUUCUUUCAUUCAAUUCUACGAUAACAAAUCACUUGUUUAAUUUCAAGAAGUCAUAUUCAAUUUUACAGAAGGAAUAUCAUAGAUUAUUCAAGGCUCAGGAGUCGCAUCAUAGGGAUUCGCUCAAAGAAUCAAAUUAUAAACUCCUCUAUCUUGGAAGCGAGUUAAGAUUUCAGAAGAGAGUUUGCAUACUCAACACAAUAAUUAUGAUAUGCUUGCUUGUAUAUUUCAUUGUGAGCCGGGAUGUUUAUAUUGAAGAGAAUCUGAAUAUACCAAUUCGGCGCCAUAGAGCCCCUAGGUACUUGGUAGGAUUUUCUAAAAAAUUCAAAAGACCAAGAGCUCCCGUUCGAAACGGCGGCCACAGACGAAAAAAGAGGUUGCAUUAG